GGGGAUCACAUGAGCAGAGAUCUGUUUACAAACUGAAGCUGGGAGGCUGAGGCAGCGAGAAACACAGCAGCUAACACUCUGGGACAACGACAGUCUUGCUUGACACACACACACACACACACACAGAUAAUGCUCCACCCUACAGCCAGUCCAGAGAGAGCAAGGAAUUCUGGAUGGACUGUUAUCAGCCAUUGUGGGUUUUUGUUUUUCCUCUUCAAGGACUGAGGGACCAGAUGGUUUGAGGUGGCAAGAAAAACACUCCCCCAUACAGGCUGCAUAUACAGUCAUACAUGCAACCACACAGCUCAUUCUCCGUUUGAGGGUUUGUACGGGGAUGUCGUUGGUUUUGUUUUCUUCUUCUUCUUCUUCUUCUUCUCCUUCUUCUUUUUGGAGAGGCCGUGCGUAAGGAAUACCUUUGACGAAUCAGCCAUUUUCAGAAAGAGACAAAGAGGAGGACUUUCCAAGAAGCAGAAUGACAUCAGAUGGACAAAGCUUGACAAAAUCUAGUAGGAGAUCGUUCAGGAGCAAGACCAUUUUACAGGAUGUGUCUUCAUAGAUGAAGUGGGGCCUCAAUCCGGAUCCUUUCAUUUUGUUUUUUUUUUCACCCCAACAGUUGGAAACAUCUUGAAGGAUCCCAAGACCUUGUAAUGAGUCUCCUUGAGCUAAGACCUUAAUUUUAAUCUUCAAGCUUCUAUGAUUCUGAACUUCUUUUGUUUGUAUGCGUGUGUGUGUGUGUGUGUGUGUGUGUGUGUGUGAGAGAGAGAGAGAGAGAGAGAGAGAGAGAGACAGACACUGAACGUGGUCUAAGAUUUCUUCAGUCUGUGUCACUUUAAUACUCCAAUUGAGUCAUUCUCCAAACACAGGAAACGAAUAUCAAGGACACGACAUGAUCCCUUUGUCUUUGUGGGCGCGCGCACGCGAAAUCUUUUUGUGCUGCGAUUAUCGACAACAACAACAAACGAUGACAACAAAAACGACGCCAAAAGACGACAAAGCUCAGUAAUUACCACAGGAAAGCGAGGUCUCCUUUACGAGCUUCAGGAACAGGGACUCGGAAAAACCUCGGACAUUUAACACGAACGUACACGGAGUGCUGCUAGCAACAACAACAACAGCAACAACAACAACAACAACAACAACAAUAUCGCGAAUUGUGUGAAAGUAUCAGUUCAGUGGCGCUUUCGCUUUGUUCCGAGUUCCGUGUCAGAUUACAUGCAGCCAUUCCAAUGGUGUAACGGCUGCCUUUGUGGAGUAGGACUGCAGCAUUCACACUGCGACAUGUCGUCGGAAGAUCUGUACCAUUUGCCGCUCAACGUCUAUGUCAUCGUGCUGGGCAUUGGCUUGUUCAUCUUUAUGCUCAGUGUCAUCUUCUGUUGCUACCUGUUCAGGUUGAAGCAACAAGACACAAGGCAACAGUACAGCUACAAUGAGGUGGUGCUGAAAGGGGCAGGGAAGAAGCUGAGCCUUCUUGGAGUACGUGUGCAAGCUCUCAUGUGCAACCCUGUGCAGUGUGUCUGGAGGAAUUCAAAGCCCGGGAUGAGCUGGGCGUGUGUCCAUGCUCGCACACCUUCCAUAAGAAGUGCCUGUUGAAAUGGCUGGAGAUUCGCAGUGUUUGCCCCAUGUGCAACAAGCCCAUCAUGCGACUGCACAACACGCCUCGUGGAGCAGAGGGGCCACAAGACCCUGAGGAAGUGUGAUCCUAAUUAAAAAAAAAAAAAAAAAAAAAAAAUGGCACAACCCCAAAAACGUUGGGCCACGCCCAUGGGCCAUCGUCUCCACAACUGCCAUACUUGGAGCACACAAGAUCUGACCGCCACCACUGGAGGAGACGAAAUACAACCUCCAUAUGCACCAACCCAUGGAGGCCUAGUGGACUUGAGAAGUAGCACCUGAUUGGCAAGAACCAAAAAUAUUUGCCGUUUCUUUGACUUUGUGAUUAGACCAGUGUUCCUUAGCAAGGUGCCAGAAGUGCACUGCGGGUGAGGAUGGAGGACAAGAGGCAGGUAAACAGCUCAGUGGUUUCAUCUCACGAGGCGCCUCUAAGCAACUAAUGAGAAACAACACUGAACUGCAGCAAGUGUAUGACGAGCACUGUUCACAAACACAGUGUGUAACUAAGCAGACACGACAGAAAUGCAUGAUAAUCAGUCUGUUUUGGCCUGAAGUUUAAAGGCUAUAGUAUGUAGAUAAAAUGUGUUGUUCUGUUCGAAAGGUUCUGCAAGUCUUUAUCGGGCCUUGUAUAGUGAUUAAAAGAAGAAAUAUGAAGAUAUGAACUAAUAAUCAGCAGUGAAACUGUACUUCCCCAUUACUGAAUAUGUAUCAGGGCCAACCCAUUGCCACUUUUUUCAUUUUGUAUAGUUUGAUGUUUUUUUUUGUUGUUUUUUUUGAAU